GGUGUUAACACGUUGUAUGUCAAUACGCUAUCGACGCGCUGUCGUUGCGCUGCCGCCGCGUGUGGCUUAGUGCUUGUGCGAUCUUAUUCUCACCUCAGCUGCAAGACUGCGCCUUGCCCUUCUCGUUGCAAUCCGGCUCACAGGCAGUGCGAUAUCGCGCGUUCAAAAUUGUUUGCAAAGCUGUUCUCCCAUUCCGGCAGGCGUAUAGGUAUCUGGCGACGGGUGCUAUCUUCGGAUAUGCAGCGAGUGUUAAACAAUAAUGUGACCCUGUCAGCAAAUAUGUAAUUCCGACGCGUUGUUGGUACCUACCAGUAGUGGGUCGUCAUGUUACCGGUAGCGCUACAGCUGACUACCAACUAUCGCCGCCACGCAUAUCAAAGCUACUCAAGUGAUUCGAUAUGGAGUAUGUACUAGCAAAUUGUCGAACGUGGAACGAUGACGCAGGGCAAAACCAGAAAACGAUCUGUAUGCAAAAGCAAAAUAUAGAUAACUUUUGCGUCAUUAGUGUUGAGUGCUCGAGUUGCAAGUGAACUAAGCGUAAUCUAAAUGCAAGCUGAAGUGCAACAGUAACACGAUCUGAUUGAUAUUAGUGAAUUUUCGAAUGGCAGCUCAGUUAAACGUUAGCGUAGAUCUGUUUAUAUAUUCACGGAACAAGGUGUCAAUGAGGCAGCGUCAUCGAGCUUAUAGUUAUGGCUCUACGGGGACCAGUGUGAAAUCGUAAAACAGCACGAAGACAUAAGAAGGAAAACAGCCAUUCAGCAGCAUGGGCAAGAGUACGAGUAAAUUAGAUAAGCGCCGGUCGCAGAGUAUAUCCUGGAGCCACAAGUUUGGAUCAUUGAACAGGAGAAAAAAGAAUGCACCGUUGAUUAUUACUUCCUGUCCGCAUUUGGCCGUUUCCGAGUGGCUGACGAGGUUGGAUCUGAUUGAGUAUAGUGACAAAUUUCAACAAUUUAACGGAGUGGAAGACUUCCUGUACCAUAGCGAGGCUGAAAUCAAAAAGCUCGGCAUACGAAAUAAUGCACAUCGAGCUCGAAUCAUUAGCAGUUUGGUCGCCCUGCGUGAAAAACCAUCUACAGGAAGCCUCAAACAUGUGGAUUCGUUGCGGAAAACAAUGCGCCACAGUGUGGCAGUGGAACCGAGCGCACCAAAGCAGCAGCGGGAUAACGAGGAUGCAACCAGCUAUGAGUGUCUGACGGUCAGUAACGCAAAGCAAAGUAAGAGUCUGGGCGAUCUGUUAGAUAUGGAAACACCCGACGGCGGCAAUGAGGCAGUCGCACUGAAAAAAGCUCUGGAAUGGGAAUUGUCAUUGGACUCGAGAGAUCUGCGGUCACACGCCUGGUACCACGGACCGAUUCCCCGCCAGCGAGCCGAAGAGAUCGUACAAAAAGAUGGCGAUUUUCUCGUGCGGGACUGUGUCUCUCAGCCGGGAAACUAUGUGCUGACCUGCAGGACCAAGGGACCUACGCUGCAUUUUGUUAUUAAUAAGCUGCUGAUUCAACCUGAAACUGUAUACGAAAGAGUACAAUACCAGUUCGAAGACGAUGCCUAUGACACAGUUCCUGAUUUGAUAACGUUCUACGUGGGCUCAGGAAAAGCCAUCUCAGCAGCUUCCGGAGCACGGAUUCAGUUCCCUUGCAAUCGGCUUUACCCGUUGUCGUUCUAUGCUUCCAAGUAUGGUCAGCAGGUGGGUGGCAUCCGAGGGCCCAGCCCGCUCAACUCGCCAUCGCCCGUGCCAUCGUCACCUGGGUUUAGGUACAAUCCCUACACUCAGCAAACGAACACAUAUCGAAGUCCAAUGUCUUCUCCGCCGCGAACCAAGCGAGAAACGCCUCCCCGUCUGCCUUCGAAGAAGCAACGUUCGCAAUCCCUCACUCCACUGCAAGGAGUUCAGUCGGCACAGCAGCGUUAUUGCAGUGCUGAUGGUGUGAUACAGACAAACGGAUCGGAUGGCAAGCCCCAUUCUAAACCAUCGAGAUUAACCAGCUCUAACGAGAAGUGCAACAGUGCCGAUGGCAUAAUUCAGAAUGAUUCUGCAGUUAGAUCAACCUCCGUAGAUGAGAAAUGUUCCAGCGCCGAUGGAGUUGUGAAAACUCAAACCCUCACACGUUCGGGCACGACGGAACAAACGCACAAACUUAGUUCCCAAUCCUUACCCCGUUCCAACAGCUUGCGUUCAUCUCGAGGAAUGAUGGGCUCGCGAACAUCCAGUAUUAACAAAGAACCAAGCGAGCAUUCGUUGAGUCCCUGUAUGGAGCAAAAACAUUUCGCAGAGGACGAAGAAGAAACGGAACAGCCUCCAAGUCCUCCACCGAAACCGAUUAGAGGCGUUAACCGGUCGGACUCGAUGAAAGAAUCGGACACACACGGACCAGCGCACCGGAUGGGAUCGUAUCACCCGAGUGGAUCCGACUCCGGAAACGGUUCCGGAGAUUCAGCGCAAAGUUCCGCAACAGGAGAUGAAGCUGCUUUGCAACAUAGAGGCGGAGUAAUUUUGAAAAAUCCUCGCUUCUUCCCGAAUUCGGUAUCCUCCAUUACGCUACGAUCCUACGUGGACUUUGAUCCGACGGCCGCCGAGGAAGCACUGCUGUCAAUGACCAUUCCAACCUACGAGCAGGUCUCGCGAUUCGAUCUGGAAAAUUUCAACACCCUAAUGCUUCCAUUCUGUGAAUGUAAACCACUGGACAGUGGCACAUUGAACGCGUUCCGAAUGAUGCUCAGUGAAACGAGUUCUCGGGUGAUUGCCAAUCACAUAACUAGGGUGGAUAUUAGCUUAAUUUUAGAACAAGACGAAGAGAGAAAGGACGAUCCACUUAACUGCACUGGAUUGGAAUUGAUUACACUGGAGCAAGGUAGACAGUUUCGAUUGGAUCUGAUUGAGCGAACCGAAUGCAUGAAGCUUCUGGUAGCCGUUACAAUUCUGACCUGUCAAGAUGAUCUGGAACGCGCGGAGACUCUGAACAAGUGGAUUCAAAUAGCAGUGGAAACUAAAACUGCCCUCGGCAAUCUGUUUGGAUUCUGUGCAAUUAUGCUCGGGCUUUCUAUGCCGCAGAUACAAAAACUGGAAACAACAUGGCACACGUUGCGUCAGAAGUUUACCGAUAGUGCAUUUAAUUUCGAAGCGAAACUGCGGCCCACGCUCAACAGCAUGAACGACUGCUCGAAUCCGCAGGCACCGAACACUACGAUACCGCACAUACUGCCAUAUAUACUGCUUAAGGAUCGCACAAUCAACGAUAUCAUGAUAGAUCCCUCACAAGCGCAAAGUUCCUCGCUUGUGACUAGCUGCGUCACUCCGUGGGAAACCAUCACUCAGGAUUUCGGAUUUUCUAUACUGUUUGCUCAUCUGGACUCGGCUAGGAGUUUCGUUAACAAUCUGUCACUCUAUCGUAAAAACGCUGUGACCAUCAUGCAGGACACGAGCCGGCUCGAUACGCUGCUGGAGGACUCGUUCAGAACCGAGUUCCAGGUCAAGUUCCUGUGGGGUAGCAAGGGAUGCUUUAUGCCUGCCGAAGAUCGUCAUGCCAAGUUCGAGCAUGUACUGAGCGUGAUGGCCGAUAAGUUCUGCGGUGAUGCUGCCUUAAAUGCAGCCGGCUAGAUAGUAUGCUAACCACUGGCAAUGACCGACCGACCGUUUAACAUUCCGAAAACUGUUUGGAAAUACUUUCUUCAACUUUCUACUCAUCAGCAUCUCUCAUCUAAAACAAAAAAGAAUUUAUUCGACGUACAUCAUAUAGGCGAUAAAGUUUCUAUACAACACUUUUAGCUCAAAUAUUGAAGAAGAAAAAAAAACGAAUCAAACAAAACAAUAAUUUAAACUGAAUAAGCAGAAUCGGCUUUGCUGGCCGGUACCGACCUAAGUUUUGGAAGUUGUUUUUAAAAUGCCAUUACUACUACCGUAAGCUCUUGGUAAAAGUUUACCAGCGUAGUCAACGUAGCCGUGCUGAAUCGAUUUUUUACAAAACUGAAUCAAAUCUAGUCGAAGCAAAACCAAUAAACGAAAUACUAACACGUUCAUUUGUGUACUUAAGCGAAUGGAAUAAUUGUGAUUUUGAUAACUUUCUAUUUAUUUUACAAGAGAUCAGAAAGCUUGUAUUACGCGAACUGUUGUUCAAAAUAGUUUAUAAAGUAUGCGAAACAAAGUGUAACCGUAGAGUUCAAUCAAUUGGACAUAAUUUAAAUGGCAUCCUUUUUAUGGUUCAAACCUUACGUAUGCAGAGAGAACUUCGGUUUUGUUGCGCAACACAUAAUCAAUAGAGUAACCAAAAAAAGCAGCUCGAUCUUCUCAAAAACAGUCAUGAAGCGAACCACUAAUAAAAUAGACUGAUGUUUUAGGCUUUCAAAAAAGCAUUUUUCAUAUGUUCAAACUUUCUAAAGCAAUACCUAUCUUUAAUUGAAGAUCAACGCAUUUCAAAAUUUAUAACUCUUUCCCCCAUUUCAUAACCUUUCCAAAAAGUAAUCGUAUUGUAGUGCUAUGUAGAACACUCGUAUUCAUAAUACGUAGUGCAAGUUUAUCGAAAUAAACAAGGUAGGAAACAGUUAUUAAUGAAAAUAGUUAAUCAUGAGUAUGUUUUGGGCAGUCAACGGUAUGAUAAUAAUACUAACUAUUUAUAAUAAUGAAAAUCUAUAUUUCACAACACAUUAACGUACACACAUUCUUACUGACAUCAUGUUGGAUUGAAGCAAUUGCAUUAUACAUAAAUAACAUUUUGUUGAGUUUGACCACGAAUCCUCCGGCAAUGGAGGUACGAAUUAGUUUCAGUACCUAAUUCCAAGAAAUCUAAGGUUAGAAAUAAAAACCUACUAACCAAUAAACGUUGAAUAACUCCCUAGUAUAAAAACAUAGCGAUUGAACACAUUUUCCUUACACUGAAAUCGAUCUUAUUUACAUACCAUGUGACAUAGCCAUUUUCUCUAUAAAAAAAAACAAAUAUGAUAGCAAAAACGACAACAAACGUGGAUUUGGAUGUUUAAACAAAUCGAAAUACAACCACAAUUGACUUUGAGCGGGUGAAAAGCUGGUAAUGAAAAGUAUUACGUAACUUCUGCAAGACGAUAAAGGACCGUGUAACUGAACGUGUAUUGUACAGAACAGUAAGAUAUUUGGAGAAGAGAAGCUCGAGAUCUAUACACAAAAAAACACACCAUAAGCGUAUAAAUAGUAUGAUAUUUGAACAGGAAAUGAUAUAUGAUAAAAAAUAGAAUU